AGCAAGAUAACAAGAGAGAGAAAAGAUCAAAAUCAUUCUUAAGAGGAAAAGGGAAAAAAAAGGAAAAGAAAGGGGAAAGAGAAGCAAUAUCAAUAGAAUCAAUGGCCAACAAGUUUGUUACAGUGUUUCUAUUAUACAUUGUUGUGGUGACCGCACUGCAUGCUCAUGAGGCCGCAGCUGACGACGAGAAGUUCAGGUCAUGCUACAACAGCUGCUACGAGGAGUGCAUUGGCGAAGGUCAUGGCACCACCUUAUGUGAGAUGAAAUGCGAUAACGAUUGCUCCAAUAAGGAGUUUGCUGAUAAACUGGGCAUACAAUUAGACAACUGAGCAACUUUUCUCUUGUCGAUCAGAGUGGCCAUUAUAUUUCUUUCUUUCUGUUUUCUCGAUGCAACGAAUAUAUGUAGCUUAAUAAGAAAUAGGGUGAGGUGAAAAGAAGAAGUGGAUGUAUAUAAUAUCCUAAGGAUGGGAAUAAAAUGUCGAAUAUCGAACAUUUAGACAAAUAUAGCUAGCGUGUCAAAUCACGUGGAAAAUAUGGAUUUCUAUUUAUUAAUUAAAUCUUCGGCGAUGAAGAUACAAUGAUAUUUUA